ACUAACGUCUCACCUGACGUGUGUUAACUUUUAUUAAUUUGUUUGUAUUUUAUCUAUAAAGUAAUGGCUGUGGCUAUUAAUAAAGGCAUAUUCAUAGUCGCGGCGAAGCGAACUCCCUUCGGAAAGUUCGGGGGUGCGCUGAAAGACGUCCAUCAAGCCGACCUCCUCGCUGCAGCAGCGCAGGAUGUGUUCAAAGCAAGUGGCAUCUCGCCAGCUUUGGUCGACACUGUUAAUGUAGGACAGGUGUACGGGAUAAGCGGUUCAGCGGACGGUGGGUUGACAGCGCGCCACGCUGCCUUGAAGUCAGGGGUGCCGGAGACGCGACCGGCGCUGGCCGUUAACAGACUGUGCGGAUCGGGUUUCCAGGCCGUCAUCAACAGUGCGCAGGACAUUCUUACAGGGGCAGCCCAAGUCUCCCUCGCCGGUGGAACCGAGAGCAUGUCGCUGGUUCCCUACGUAGUGAGGAACACUCGUUUCGGAGUGCCACUUGGUUCCUCCAUAGAGUUUGAGGACGUGCUUGGCAAGGGUUCUGUAGAUACUUACUGCAACUUCAACAUGGCGGAAACAGCAGAGAACUUAGCGGAGAAGUUCAAGUUGAAAAGAGAAGAAGUUGAUGAAUUUGCUUUGCUUUCACAGCAAAGGUGGAAGAAAGCACACGACAGUGGCGUGUUUAAGGCGGAGUUAACACCGGUGACCGUGAGGGUUAAGAGACAGGAGGUGGUGGUGGAUAGAGACGAGCACCCUCGCCCGGAGACUACGGCGGAAGGCCUUGCCAAGCUGCCAGUGCUGUUCAGGAAAGGUGGCGUGCUAACUGCUAGCAAUUCAUCGGGUGUCAACGACGGCGCUGGUGCGUUGCUGCUGGCAAGUGAAGCAGCAGUGAGCAAGCACCAGCUGUCGCCCAUUGCACGGCUCGCGGCUUGGUCCUACGUGGGAGUAGACCCCAGCAUCAUGGGUAUCGGGCCCGUGCCCGCCAUACAGAACCUGCUCAAAGUUACCGACAUGAAACUUGACAAUAUUGAUCUUAUAGAGAUAAACGAAGCGUUCUCGCCUCAGACACUAGCGUGUGCGAGGAGUUUGGGGCUCGAUCCGAGUCGUCUGAACGUGAACGGUGGUGCCAUCGCCCUGGGACAUCCCGUGGGGGCUUCGGGUGCCAGAAUUACCGCGCAUCUGACGCAUGAACUCAGACGCCGAGGUCUAAAAACGGCAAUAGGUUCAGCGUGCAUUGGAGGUGGUCAAGGCAUCGCACUUCUUCUGGAGACUGUUUAAAUAAAAUUUACAGUUUAAU